AUGCGCUCAGACAAUUUCAGCCCAGCCUCUAGAGUCUGUCUUCCAGUUCUUCAUCCACCACCACCACCACCACCACCACCACCACCAUCACCACCUCCUCCCCCUCCCCCGCUCCCACACCCGCCCAUCCUUUCCGCCACGCGAACCUUCCCCUCGUCUGCCGCCCCAAUCGAGGCGGAUGCUGACUGCGCAAAAGACGGAAGACGACUCGUUGCCCCCUCUCAGUUCCCCUCUCGACGUGCGGAAUGGAGAAGGCCGGUGAGUCCAAUUGCCGACAAAAGUAGACCGAGGAAAUUCUCCGGCUAGGAAAAACUCUCCAACGUUGAGACCGCUUGGUUGAGUGACUCUAUCCUCUCGGGAGGUGUAUCGGGAGGCUUUUCCAUAGAGGGAACUGUCAGGUCAAAUAGGCUAUCGCAUCACUCUCGAGGCUACCGAACACUACCCUUCCCGCUGGCCAAGAAAAACGGUCGAAUGCAAUAUGAAUGCAAUAUCUGUCAAAAGACGUUCGGCCAGUUGCCGAACCUCAAGGCGCACAUACGCACCCACACUGGGGAGCGACCCUUCAUCUGCACAGUCUCCUCCGAGGGUUUUAUUCAGCUAGCGCAUCUUUAGAAGCGCCAUCUGGUACACACUGGCGAGAAGCCGCAUCAGCGCGCUGUCUGCCACAAGCGUUUCAGCAGCACAAGCAACCUGAAGACACAUCUGCGUCUGCACAGCAGUGAGAAACCCUUCAAUUGUAAGCUCUGUCUGGCGAAAUUCACGCAUUUUGUCCAUCUGAUGUUGCACAGACGCCAGCACGUCUACAAAAGGCCCUUUUACUGCCCCAAAUGCCGGCGCAAGUACGUCAGCCAGAAUGGACUGAGGAUGUACUGGCGUAAUGUCGGGUGUUACGCGAGCACAGAGUUGCCGGCUGGUGCCUGGAAUGACUCGGAUUUGCUUAAGAUGGACGAUAUUCGGUGCUCAGGCCUCUUAGAACUGGGUCUCGAGGCGGCGUCGGUGACAGCCACUUUGGUGGCAGUUUUGUCUUCUACUGACCGGAUUGCGACUGUCGAGAGGUAG